GGCAACUCAGCAACUUUACCUCUGGACAGGUUUUGAUAAAUCUCCCCAUGUGACUCCACUAGCAGAAUAGGGAGUGCAGCUCUGGAGUAUGAAACAGGCUGAGUUACUCAGAAUCAAUCCAAGAUAAAUAAUGCAGUGCACACAACUCUACCAGUGGAGUAGAUACAGGGGAAGAAGCAGCACAACUUGAAAGUUGCUCAGGUGCCGGGUGCAAGCCGGUAUAGACUCUGGUCGGGAGUCAUAAGGUAGAAAUCCAAGAAAUAAGUCAAUCCAGCAGCACACCAAUGUAGUGAAAAAACGAUACAAAAUAUGGCAACCAUGAAUGACUCUGGGUGGUCUCCUAUUCAUCAUGCAACUUUUAAAAACCAUCUUACGCUUGUGGAACGCCUUAUUGAAUCUUCAGGAUAUGAACACCUCGAGAAGAAGACCAAUGAUACUCUUCAAAAUACUCCUUUGCUUUUGGCUGUGGCCCGUGGUAGUGGACCAAUGGUCAAACUAUUGGUCAAUCAUGGAGCUGAUGUCACAUACCUGAACACGUGCAGACAGGGAGUAAUAGAAAUCUCCACUCUUUUUGGCCACGUCAACCUUAUCAAAUACUUUAUAAGUCUUCAUAAUAAGAAUUUAAAUGUGUAUAAAAAACUAGUAGCCCUUGUAGACCAAGACUCAGAAGAUGGUGUCAACCGAGCUUGUUUUAUCAUCUCAAAAUUGACAAGUCUAGCCGAAGAUCAAGAGUCAAUAUGUCAUUUAAGUAAUUUUGUAGACGAAGGUCUGGUCUUUCAAUUGGUUGAUGUGCUUAAGAAAAGCAUUGCUGAGAAUGUCAAGAUACAGACUUUAAACGUGUUAAAACCUAUCUUGGGGAAUAAGAAUGUGAGGAAAAAGAUGAUGGAGGUUGAAGGGUUUCAGGUUUUUGUAUCUCUAAUCUUCAGUAGUUCGGCACUUCUCCUGCCUGCAGUUAUGGGCUGUAUAUGUGAACUGGCAACAGAUAAAGACUUUGAAGAAGACCUUUUGGCCACUGUCAUUCCAGCACUCAAUAAAGUGGUUUCUAGUUUAGGGCAAGGGAACCAAGAAGAUGUCCUGCAGUCCAUUUUAAAUGUCUUGGACCAUCUGGCAGCUGUGUCAGCAGUAUGUAAGGACACUAUUGGCAAAGAAGCUGGUCUUCUUGGUACCUUGGUAAAAUUCUUUAAAACUUGUCAAACAAACUCCUUAAUGUUAACUUGGAGUGAAGCUAUUGGCAGUAUUGCUGAAGGAAACCUAAACAACCAAAACAUUUUGCUUAGUGAGAACAUUGGUUUAUGUCUUCAUCAACUUCUAAAGUCCCAGAAGAGAGAAGUCCUGAUGUCUGCAGUAAAAACUAUUUACAGACUAGUGGAAGGGAAUCCUCAAGCUCAGACGAAAGUUCUUCAGUCUAACAACUUCUCUCCGCUCAUACAACUGCUGAAAAGAAGCAAGUCCCAGUUAACACAUGAAGCCAUUGCCAAGACACUGUGGGCCCUGUCAGGACUUGAUACAGAAACUCAGAGAAUGGUGGCAGCCAGAAUAGGUGUAUCUUUGUUGGUUGAAUUUCUUUCCUCUCCCUCUUACAUUCUAAAUUUGGUUGGAACCAGAGGACUGAGCGUCUUGCUGCAGGGACCCUAUGACUUGAGGAAUGCAGUGAUGGCUGUAAAUGGGGCCCGCCAUCUUGUACGCCUCUUGAGAUCUCCCCGCGAGGAUGUCGUUCUUAGUGCAAUACAAGCCCUGCAGCAUAUCUGUCUUGGUGUUGGCUUUAUUCCACAUGGAAAAAUCCAGAGUGCUGUAGCCAGUUCCCGGGGGCUGAAGUUCCUCAUAGCAUUGAUGCGACACUCUCAGUCGGAGCGCAUUAAAGUGGAGGCAGCACUUGCAAUUGCGACUUCAGUUCUGGGGCAUAGUGAGAAUCUAGAGCUCAUUGGGAAAGGCUCAGGCUUCAGUUACUCUUACAUCCUCCACUUGUUGCACUCAUCUGAUGAAGAGGUUUGCCUGACUGCUGGAGAAGCUUUGGCUACCUUUGCUUUUAAAAGUACAAGUCAACAAAAGGAGAUUAUUCAGAAUGGAGGAUUGGUGUGGAGAGACUUUGCCAAACUCUUAGAAUCAACCAAUCAGAAUCACAGGACGUCCACAGCAUUCCAGUUGGUGGUGUUGGCACCCAUCAUUUCUGAUCAGAAGCCAUCAUAUACUUGUGCUCUUGGUAUACAGACACUUGUCGGGUUACUGGAGACUACACAACCCUAUGACACCCUGGCACUGGCUGCAGACUGUGUAGCCAGGUUGUCACUUACUCGGGCAGGUCUCUCUGCAGCUAUGGUUUCUAUUGAUAUUGUGAAUUUGUUGUGUCCACUGCUGUCCAGCCCAUCGCAGCAAGUGAGAGGUUCCGCUUCCAUCGCUUUGUCACAUUUAAGCUUCAACCCAGUGGCUGAGAGGCAACUAUUACAAAGGUGCAGAAGAGAUCCCAAGCUCAUAAAGGUUUUAAUUUACUACAACAAGAAGAGGAAAUGGUCAGAGAACUUCCUGGAGAGAUGGAGACACAUCAGAGAGCUGACGCUGCCCCCGAUACGGAGGACUGCAGUAUUUGUGACAUCCUCUGACAAGCAGAGAAACGACAGAGGAAAUAUCCAGAGCUCUGCAGGAAAUCAGAUGGUCACGCUCCCAGAUUUCUUGAAUAACCGACAGUCUGAGAUGAGGAGGAAAAAUCAUUGCUUAUCUGUUUAACUAAAUUCAUAUAGUUUAUAUUAAUUUUCCCCCACAUGUUCACUGCACAGUACAGCUUCUCUAGUUCUGUAUAUUACAUAUUAUUCUCACUAUCUCCUUUAAUUCUGUAUAUAUGGAAACCACACAGCACUACUUUUCUAAUCCUGUAUGUUGUAUGUAAUUCUCAAAAUCUGCCCUUAUUCUAUAUUCAUAGACUCUGCACAG